CCGUGAUGGUGAGAAUGCGUUGUGACAGCGAGAGCGCGACGUUCCGGGUAGCAGGGUCUCGCUAAGGCUCCAGUGCUGACUCUGAGAUACUGCUAAAACCUGGAGAAGUAGAAUCUGGACUCUGAAGUUCUUUUUGCUCUGGGCAUGUUCAACAGCUGUCAGAACAAAGUUUCCAGCUAAAUAGGAAGCUAUUGACCCCAUGGCUGGAGCAGAGACCCCAGAGGAGGAUACAGAUGUGCAGAUGGAACUUUCAGCAGACACAGGAGAUGAGAAUACCUGUGAAAACACCCAGUCAUCCCACCGAAUGCUCAGCUUCAGUGAUGCCCUGCUCUCCAUCAUUGCCACUGUUAUGAUCCUGCCUGUGGCUCACACGAAAAUCUACCCUGACCAGCGGUUUGACAAAAGUAUACAAAAACUUCUAGCAACUAAAAUUGCAGUUUACCUGAUGACAUUUUUAAUAGUAACUGUGGCUUGGGCAGCACACAUAAGACUAUUCCAGGUAAUUGGAAUGAUAGAUGAUACUUUGGCCUUACUAAACCUGGCCUGUAUGAUGAUUAUUACUUUCUUGCCAUACACGUUUUCCUUAAUGGCCUCCUUUCCUGAUGUGCCUCUGGGUAUUUUCCUGUUUUGCAUUUGUGUUAUCGCCAUUGGCCUCAGUCAGGCAGCGAUUGUGGCCUAUGGGUUCCAUUACCCUUACUUACUGAAUCGCCAGAUCCAGCAGUCUGAGGACAAGGCCUUCUACAAGCAGCACAUCUUAAAUAUUAUACUCAGAGGACCAGCUUUGUGCUUUUUUGCUGCCAUUUUCUCCUUUUUCUUUUUCCCUGUGUCUUAUCUUCUUCUUGGCCUUGUCAUCUUCCUCCCCUACAUCAAUAAGUUCAUCGGGUGGUGCAGAGACAAACUUGUUGGUACCAAACCAGAAGAGCAGCCUCAGAGCUUAGAGUUUUUUACUUUUAACAUCCAUGAACCCCUGAGUAAGGAGCGAGUGGAAGCCUUCAGCGACGGUGUCUAUGCCAUUGUUGCGACCCUCCUCAUCCUGGACAUUUGUGAGGACAAUGUUCCUGAUGCCAAAGAAGUUCGAGAAAAGUUUCAUGGCAACCUUAUUGAAGCGCUGAGAGAAUACGGACCAAACUUCCUGGCCUACUUUGGCUCCUUUGUGACCAUUGGGCUCCUCUGGUUCGUCCACCAUUCCCUCUUCCUUCAUGUGAGAAAAACAACCCAGUUCAUGGGCCUGCUGAACACCUUUUCCUUGGCCUUCAUUGGUGGGCUCCCACUUGCCUAUCAGCAAACCACCGAGUUUGCCCAGCAGUCUCACAGUGAAAUCGAGAGCAUCCGCGUCAGCUGUGUCAUCACAUUUUUUGCUGGCAUCUUCCAGUUUGCUAUCUGGAGCACAGCCUUACUAAAUGAGCAGGAGACCCUGCACCCAUUUGCCAGGUAUGGGGGGAAGGAACAUGCUUUCAUGUUUGCCAAACUCGCCCUCUACCCCUGUGUCAGCCUUGUGGCCUUCUCUUCCACCUGCUUCCUGAGUGAAUUUAGUACAACCAUCUUCCACCUCAUGCAGAUCGUCGUCCCUUUUGCUUUCCUCCUGCUGCGUAUUCUUGUCCGAAUUACGCUGGCCAUCUUAAGGUCAGUGACCACUCUGGCCAGACCAGAGGAGACCCUGUUAGAAGAUGAGGAAACAAGAUUAUGUACAGCAGAAAUACUGUCCUAACUCGGACCUCCACUGAAGGCUAGCCACAUAAGGCUCUUCUGGGAGCUUUGGUCUCCAUAGUAUCUGUGCUCAAAAGUCAAUCAUUUGUUACUUGUCCAUUCUUUGUGGUCAUGUUUCUAUGGGUGGUGGCCCCAAAGCCAUGCUGUUGCUCUUUGGGAGAUCCAGAGAAUGGCAAUUGUGGGGAAAAUCAAAAGUUUUCCUUAGUGACUAGAAGCUAGUGAUUCUCCCAGCAGAAUGAAGUGGAAUGGUGGGCAUGGUGUUCCCCUUAGGCUCCCCUUCUGGAGGGAGUGGCAGGAGGUUACAUGGACCACCUGUUUUUAGCUCAACUCCCUUCUAGGUGAAGUACAGCUUUAGACCCACCUGAAUUCUCUUCACCUUCAAGCAGCAUGUUGAGUGCCUCCCCCCAGUACUUCCCAAAAUAGGCAGAGGUCCCCCACAGCCUAUGUCCUGUUCUGAUAUAGUAACCCGUCCAGCAGUAUCACUGUCAUUGUGAAGUUUGCAGGCCCUGAAAACUGAGGUCUGAACAUUCCAAAGACUCUACAUUCAACAGCUGAGAAAGAAAUGUCCUUACACGUAGCAGAUUCACAUUGGUGUGUAGGCUGUCUUUCUUCCCCAUAUGUCAUAUGCCACCAAGAAGUCUCUGAAAUGAAAACCCUUAGCUGUGGUUUGAUAAUCCUUAGAUUUUUUAAAGUCCUUUUGAAGAAGACAGUGUGUAAUUUCAUAUCGUAAUUCACUAUCUUAAAAGUUCUCUUUGCUGCUUGUGUCAUAUCAGACUUUGUUGGUGAAUAAAACUAAGUUUAAUGAUAACA